GUUUUUGACAGGGGACACGUUUCAUAGCAACACCGGAACUGUUGGCUACAGCUCCAGUUGUGAACCCGGAUUUGUUUACCAGUGACACCGUCCUAGCUAGCAAGUGGCUACAUGAAGAUUCCCCUGACUUCGCUGUUUUGUUGUUAUCAACGUGGGACCCGCUAGAAUGGAACCUGCCUGCCGUAAGGACAAACCGAAGCUGAACACCACCCCGACCAGAGGGGACCGGGUCAAGCAGAAAUCUGCACAACAGGAGCUCAAACAGAGACAGAGAGCAGAGAUUUAUGCUCUAAACAAGGUGAUGACUGAGUUGGAACAGCAGCAGUUUGAGGCGUUUUGUAAGCAGAUGCAGUCACAAGCAGAAUGAUGUCACAUCGUUUCAUUCUCCAGGUUUUAUCUGCUCUAGCAUCGGUUCACUUCUUCUCUGUGAUGGACAGCAAACCAGUCACUUAAACUGGGACAGGAUGGUGGUAAAAACCCUCAACUGUCGGUCUUCGUUUUACAGACACUAGUUUUUCAGGCCUGUAAGAAUCUGUUUACUGUGGACACAUCUUUUAUGAUCUGAUCUCAGUCCGAUCUGAGAACCAGAGAGUUGCUGAUGUCGGUGAUUUGAGUGGCUCAGAGCUUUCUGCUGGUUCCUGUUGGAUGUGCUGUACAUGAGCUUUCUUCAUGUCUACAGCCUGAUCAGCCACCAUUGGUUUUCUCUUUACAAGGUAUUUUCUGGUUGGCAGUCCUCAGCCCUGGCAUUCAGCUCAUUUUGUUUACAUGUUGUAAAAAUGACCAGACACGUUUUUCUGCCUAAGUCUGUUUGUAUGGGAGGGUCCAAAACAACUCCAAAUGUUUUCCAGUUCUUUGCACCAAAUCAAGUGUUCCUCUAAAAUAAAACUCUGGUGGGUUUCUAGAACCUGUCUCAUUGGGUUUUUUGUCAAUCAGGAGUUUCAGGAACACGAGUCAAGAUUUAGAUCAUAAAUAUGAAGGAAUUUACAAGAAAAUCUGCAGAAUCUGUCACAGUGGUGCCAUCUGCCCAACAUAACUUGGUCAAAUAAAACAGUCUUCCAAGUUUUGUGUGUACCCAUUCAGCUGGACUCUACAAAAUGAACAAGACUUUUCCAGCUAGUUGCCCGAAACCCUGUGAGAUCCUUGGCUUAGUUUUCAUCCCAAAAUCCGUCUCACGCUCACUAACCCUAACCCAAAACAAACAAAUGUUCCAUACAGACAUGAAUUAUCUCAGUAGUGGAUGCUUAAAUGUAAAUUACAUAAAUGCUUAGCAAGUAAAUCUCAAGCUGUACAACCUAAAGAUUUAUAAUAACUGGUUGCGUGAAAACUGAUUAUAUGAAAUAAGUGUUUUUAUAUGAUUUAUUUAUUUAAAUAUGACAGAUUAUUCACAUUGUAAAGCUUUAGUUUAGAAACAUUACAAAGCAAGAUUAAUUAAGACACUUCCUGUCAAAUUGUGAUUGAUGACCUACUUUGUAAUUGUGUAUAUGUGUGUGUGCUUUAAACAAAUUAGUCAAAUGUGAAUGAAAAUAAAUAAUCUCUUUUAAUGUUUCUUUUA